AUGAGCGUUGACGCCUCACGUGAUCCGCGUCUUUUGAGAGAAGCCCAGGAAAGUCCACUGUCCCAAAGUUUGUCUCGUAUAUUGUCCGUCUCAAACUCUGAAAAUCAAGCUGCUGCAGACAGUGGAAAUGGUUCCACUGAGCUGACAGUUAAGGCCAAUGCCUUGAUCGAUCCAUGCACACCAUCAGACGAAGCAGCUCUCAAGGACGCCGUGUUUAUCGGAGACACUGAUGAGGUUUGCCGGAUUCUUUCCCUUCCCAACACCCCCAACGUGAAUGUUCCCCUGGAACCGCGCCUCCUGAUGCUUGCGGCAAGACAAGGUUUUGCGGACAUUGCGGGAAUGUUAUUGCGCGCUGGAGCAGAAGUGGACGCUAAGGCGUUUCAAACAGAGACCACUGCUUUGAUGGCCGCAGCAGCAGUUGGUCACACAAUGACCACAAUGGUGCUCCUUCAGUGGGGUGCCGAUCCUGACGCCAUUAAUGCAAAGUCGGAAACAGCACUACUUUUGGCGAUUCGCGGCGAACACACGGCAGUCGUGGGUCAGUUGCUGGCGUAUGGCGCCAACCCGCUCCCCAGUGCAGUGGCGCCGCGCACCAAACGCUCCCUAUUGCCUCUCCAACUAGCGCGUCACCUCGGCAAUGCAGCCAUCCAAGAGGCGCUCAUCGCUGCCAAUCGCAUGAUGGACCACUACUUGACCAAUCUAGUGCGUGGAAGUCUGCCACCGGAUACUAGACUAAUCGAUCCCGGUCACCCUACCACACAGCAAUCCAUCACUCCGCGCUCUCUGAGCUUCAUCCCUGUGCAGAUAGUCUCCAACGUCAAAUCGACCACCCUUCUACAACUUACCUUCAACACGCCUCCUUGUUACUCAGACCACUUUAGUAGUAUUAGUCAGGGCUCAGUAAUGGACGAACUGAUUCUCCUCUACGUAGUCUGUGUGGAUCUACAGGAUGGCCAGGUAAUAGCCCCUCGCUGUAGUCAAUCGAUGCCCGUCUACAACCUCGUUUAUUUCAACGGGUCACACACGCCCGCGGUGUGUCUGAACCCAGUACGGAACUUCAGGACUAUAGACACGUCCUCAAGCAGCAGUCCGAUUGACGUCGACGAGUUGCCUGGUUUUCGGGUGUUCGUCUUGGGCAAUCGACUGAAUAAAGGUGGCCUCAACUCUAUUACCAUGUACCAGAGGUGGGAUCAUGAGACCCAGGUCUUUGGCCCAUUCCAGAAGCUGCUGAUCGGAAUCUAUCGAGUACGUGUAGAGUUGAGUGCCUUCUCGAAAGAAACGAGCACCGACAUGCACGGAGAGAUGGCGACUCCCGUGGCCAUCGACACUAAUAAUGACAAAAUUGGUGAUAAUGCUGACGGCGAUGACAACGACGAUGACAGUGACGGUGACGACAACACAUUGUGCUGA